UACUUCGAAGACGUCGUAAAGUGAACGAACAAAACAAGAUGAUGUCAAAAUUAGUAACCGUUGUGCUGGCAAUGCUGCUCCUGUCGACACUGUGCGCGGCAACGCGUCAUCGUGGCGGGAAGAAGAAGCGACCGCGGCACUGUUACCCAGUAGUCCAGUAUAUGACUGUGUAUGAUGUCCAAACUGAAGAGGUGCCAGUCUACCACACGCAGUACGAGACGCAGUACGUACAGAAACCCGUGUACCAAACCCAGCUCGAAGUCAAGCUGCAAGUCAAGUACGAACCGACGUACGUGCCCCAGUAUGUCACGAACCAGGUCUUCAAUACCCAGGUCCACCACCUCACCCAGUUCCAGACCGUCACCCGGACGCAGUUCCAGCCCGUGUACAAGACGCAGACGUCGGUCGUCCCCAAGUACGUCACGCAGACGGCGUUCCAGACGGUCUUCCAGACCCAGACGGCGUUCCAGACGGUGCUCAGCACGCAGGUGCAGCCUCAGUACGUCACCCAGACGGAGUACGUCACCAAGACGCAGUUCCAGACCACGGUGGUCCAGUCUUACAUCACGGUGACCCAGACGGUGGAAGCUGUCAAUACUGUGUGGGCCGGGGGUGGGGGUGGGGUUGGAGGUGGGGUCGGGGGUGGUAGUGGGGGUGGGGGUAGUUCCUACUCGGGAUACGGCAAGUGA